AUGCUGCAUUUAACUGUUAACACUUUUACGGUUGGAAGUUAUAAUGCGUUGGUGGAUGAAGCCUAUCGUUUACAUUAUGAUCCAAACACGUUAGCCGUUCUGGUGUUAAAUACUCCUACUUUCUUUGACACAACUUUUAAAAAAUGGCUGCAGGCACAGAAAAGAGAAGACGAGGAGUACUCACAGUUUGUUGAACGUUUCGGAUGUAAUCCACUGAAUACGUUUUUCACAGAAAGAUUCCGGAAACUAAAGAAAGAAUUAUCACCACUGAAAUGUGAUGUAUUUCAUGACUAUGAAUUUUGCGAUGGCAAACCUAGGAUACUUAUGGGAACUUGUGGUCACGUUUCUGGUGUAGCUUAUUUUUACCACUCAAGACCUGAAAUCAACAAUAACAAUUAUAUAACAGACGGUGUAAAAGUUGCAGUGGCUCCAAUCCGCCCUAUGGGUUUAAGUCUUCAUUCAAAAUACGGUGGACAUUUUGCAUUUCGCGGUGUGGUGAUAUUCCCUGAUACAUAUUUACCAGAGACUUUUUGUGAAAUGAAACCAAAGAUGGUGCUUGACACUGACGAAAAACAACGAGAAGCAAUUGAAUUGUUUAAUCUUCACUGGCAGGAUGGUAGAUUCAGGGAUUGUGGUUGUUCUGGAGAAAAGUAUAGUGAUUUACAACUGGCAUUCUACAGCAUUCCUCCGGUAGAACGCUGGGCUUUGUUAAAGAGCUGGUUCUUCGGGUAUCAGUCUUUCCUUUGUACAGUUUCCACCUACAAUGAAUUGGCUGGUUCUUUAUUCCAAUUGGAAUAUCCAGGCGAUACAAUGGGAGUUAUUCUGUUGAAUACACCGUCAUUUUUUGAAACGACUUUUAAACGGUGGCUUUGUUCAAAAAAGUCGCCAUAUGAGACUUUUGAGGAAUUUGCUAAGAAAUUUCCAUCGGGUCCUGUACAGGAGUUUUUUAACGAGAUGAUGCCGAAAGUACAGGAGGCACUUAAACCUGUUGAUUCUACUGUUAUUUAUGACUACGAACUUCACCCAAACAGGAGACCAAAAAUCUUGAUGACAAUUUGUGGCCAUGUGGCUGGUGCAGCGUUUUAUUACCAUCCACCAGAGGAAGCCCUCGAAUGUUUGUUUCAGAAAAGAGCUGGGGUGAGUCUACACCCUAAGUAUGGCGGUUAUUUUGCUUAUCGAGCUGUUCUUAUAUUUCCGGAAGUGAUUUUACCUCCGGAUUUCAAAGAACAAAGGGCUCCAAUGUUGUUGACUACUAUUGAGAAACAAGAUGAAGCUGUGCGGUUGUAUAACGACCACUGGUGGGAAGGAAAGUUUCGUGACUGCGGAGAUCCGGUCGAAAAAUACAGCCCUCUACAACUCAAAUAUUUUAGCUCUUUACCAAAGGAUAGGUGGGAUAUAAUAAAACAUUGGUUCUACUGA